AUGUCCUCAACUCCAUCAUCCCCGACUGUCCUCCUAGUCGGCACGUGCGAUACCAAAUUGGCGGAGCUGCUCUAUACACGUUCGCAACUGCUCUCAUCCUCCGCCGGUACUCCAUCACCAGCAGUGCUACUGCUAGAUAUCGGUCAUGAACCUCUAGACCACCCUGAAAUCGACAUUCCCCAUCCGAAGCUCGGCUCCGAGUACCACAAACACCAACACGCCAAUGAAUCAACCGACUACACCUCCCUCUCCCGCCAAUCCUACACCCAGGCCGUCACCGAAUCCACCACCCGCAUCAUCUCCGACCUCUACAAUGCGCACAAGAUCCACGCUAUCUUCGCCCUGGGCGGCAGCUGCGGCACCUCCAUCGCCACCGCCGCCAUGCGCCGCGCCCUCCCCAUCGGCUUCCCCAAAUUGAUGCUCUCCACCAUGGCCAGCGGCAACAUAGCCCCUUACGUCGAAGAAACCGACAUCAUCAUGAUGUACAGCGUCGUCGACAUCGCGGGAACCAAUUCAAUCCUCACUCGCAUUCUGGAUAAUGCAGCCGCGGCAGCCAGCGCGAUGGCUGUAUCCUACUUUCACCAUCACCAGCAGCAACAGCAAGCCCUAAACGCCACCAACCGCAAUCAACCCGAAAACAACUCUCCCAACCCCAAAAGGAUCGGAAUCACCAUGUUUGGCGUGACAACGCCCUGCGUCACCGAGAUUCAGCGCCUCUUAGCUGAGCUCCCGGAGCCGAACGAGGUGUACAUCUUCCACGCCACCGGCUCCGGUGGCAAGGCCAUGGAGCGGCUCGUCCGCGAGCACCAGCUCGACGCGGUCAUCGACCUGACCACAUCGGAGAUUGUCGAUGAGCUGGUCGGCGGCGUGCUCUCCGCGGGACCGCAUCGACUGGAGGCUGCGGCAUCCGCGGGGAUCCCUCAGGUGGUCAGCGUGGGCGCGUGCGAUAUGAUCAACUACGGCACAAGGGAUACAGUCCCUGAGAGGCUUGCAGACCGCAACAUCUAUGAGCAUAAUCCGACGGUGACGCUGGUGAGGACUACCCCCGAAGAGAAUCGUAAGGUGGGGAGGUUCAUUGUUGAGAAGUUGCGGGGGGCGCGGAAGCCGGAGAAUAUCGUGGUGGUCUUGCCGACUGGGGGUGUGAGUAAGUUGGAUGUCAAAGGGGAGGCGUAUUGGCAUCCGGAGGCGGAUGAGGUGUUGUUUCGGACGAUCGAGGAGGGGCUAGAUGGCUCUGGGGUGGAGGUAGUAAGAAGGGAGGAGGAUGUCAAUCAUCCCGGAUUUGCGAAAGUUUUGGUGGACACCCUAAGACUGGUGAUGGAGGAAUGA